AUGUCUUCAGAUAACCAGUGGUCAGCAGACGAGGAAGAAGGCCAACUCUCCCGACUGAUCAGGAAAUCUAGAGACUCUCCCUUUGUCCCCGUGGGAAUAGCAGGCUUUCUGACUGUGGUGUCCUAUGGUCUUUACAAGUUAAAGUACAGAAAAGAUCAGAAAAUGUCCAUUCAUCUUAUUCACAUGAGAGUUGCUGCCCAAGGAUUUGUUGUAGGAGCUGUGACUCUAGGUGUUCUCUAUUCUAUGUAUAAGGAUUACAUCAGACCUCGAAUCUUCAAUGUGUCCAAAAAAUGAAGCUACACAUAAGACAAGAAGGCUUCUAAAAACUAUUAUGAAGAAUAAUAUUUCAAUAUGUAGCAAAUUAUACUACAGAAGUAUGAGACAGGAUUCUC